UCCAAGUUUUCACUAACGACACUCUUUCGAUCAGAAGAUGCAGCCAUCGCAACUUUUUUCAAGUUUGGUCUAGUUUAUCUUCAAUAUCAAGCUAACUCUGUCGUCAUAUCUGGUGAACCAUAAAGUCCUCUUUCCUUUAUCCAUUCGGAAGCACCAGGGCUUACAACGAUACUAUCUCAGACAUGGAAGAAGAAUCAAAGUCUAUGGAUGAUUUGGAAAAUAAGGUGAUAGCAGCCAAAGAAAUUACGGCACCAGAAGGGUCUAUUGUUCUGUACCCCUCAACAGCUGCUAAGAACUCGAAACUAUUCAAGUUUAAUCAGGAAAUGGCGAUAACCAUCGAUUGUAGCAAAUUAGAGAAUAAGUUCACUGGUUACAAAAGUAAGAGCACAAACUAUGGAACAUCAUUGGGAAAUCUUUUCACACAUUGGAUAAAAAAUGAUGGUGAAGAACCUAAAACGGACGAUGAAAAAGCGGUGAAUUCAUUAAUUAAGCGUUUGCAGAAAACGGUAAGCUUCAUUAGAAGUGAGGUCCCUUUGAGCGGUUACGUGUUUAAAAAAGGGGAACAAUGGCGGGAACUUUAUCUCUGGAAAGGAAAGGCAGAUGCAAUCGGAUUGACAAAGGAAGACAGGUUCGUCAUUGUUGAAUGGAAAGUAACGGAAUCAGGCCAGGCAUCCGACCACCUUCACCAGGCCUGGGUCUACGCAAAGCUUCUUAAGUUAUUUCUUGAUCUGGACUACUUGCCUUCAAUCCUAAUUGUUCUCAUAAAAGGUGUAGAUGAAGUCGACGCUAGUCUCUUCACGACUUCUGAUGAUCUUGAGGAAAAGUACAAGUGGUCUGCUGAGAAACCCGACCUUACGAAAGAAAUUCAACCGGGGUCCGCUCUGUUCCGCGAAGGCUUGGACGGGGGUAAGGUUGACAAACAAAAACCCUUGCAUGAUCUCUUCUCUAAAAGUGCUACGUUGGAGGACUUACAAAAGGUUUUUAAGAUCCCAGACCUGGAAGUUGUUUCUCAGUAAACACAACAAUGCCUAAGGGGAAGAAAAAAAAAUCAGUGAAAAGUGACUGUCGAUAUUGAUUUCAAGUGAACGUUUUCGCAUCAUUUCUAAGAAUAAUACACGCAUCUAGAAUAAUGUUUAUAGCUAGUUUCAUCCAGCACUGUUCUAAAAAACCAAUCUCCUUGGUUCCUUUUUAAUUGUCAUGUUUCAAUAUCAUUUGGUGCAUACCGCAUCAAAGUAUGUGAUUUCAUGACUUAUAUCUGAAUGCUUGAGUAUAAAUUACCCAUUUCCUUACAUCUGCAUAACCCUAUUCUCACUUUCGGACGAAAGCCCCGUUCCCUAAUGACAGAAAGCUGUAAGUUUUCUUUCGUAUCUUAAUUUUAGUUUUGCCUUUUAUUCUAAACUGGCAUCGUGAGGAUAGUUGAAACCUCUUCUGCUACGGAUUUUGCAAUCAACAUUUUUUGUUAUCUUUUUAUUAUUUCAAGGGGAAAAAUUGUUCACAACAGAAACAUUUUUUGUUUUGAGCACAGAAUAUGAAACUAUUUUUUUUCUUUUUUUUUUAACGAAUAGUUAAAAAAGCUUUUUCCACUAACUUUACAAGGUUAACUCCUUAUGUGGAGCGUUAGUCAAUGGAUGGGUGACCUUUAAAUUCCUUUUAUCUCUUGCUUAAUUUAUAACUGAACAGGGCAGAAAAUAGUUAGUCAAUUAAUGCAGUUUGGCAAUAAGUUUGCCAAUCAGACAAAAAUUAACGGCCAUUUCAAAUUUUCUCAAAACCCGAUUAUACAUUUUUGCAUUCAAAUUGAUAAAAGACGGUUUUGAAGCAGCAUUGAGUUCAUCUUUAACAGUGUUUGAAAUAACUCGUUGGUUGUGCAGAUCCAAAAAAAAUUCCAGAGUGGUGAUUUUGGGAAGCUGUGCUCUUGGAUGGAAGACACGUUUUAAACUCAAAUAGGUCUGCAAACACUGAGUACAUCUUUAACAGUGUUUGAAAUAACUCGUUGGUUAUGCAGAUCUAAAAAAAAAUGCUAAGAGUGGUGAUUUCGGGAAGCUGUGCUCUUGGAUGGAAGACACGUUUUAAACUCAAAUAGGUCUGGAAACACUGAGUACAUCUUUAACAGUGUUUGAAAUAACUCGUUGGCCGUGCAGAUCCAAAAAAAAUGCUAUGGGUGGUGAUUUUGGGAAGCUGUGCUCUUGGUGGAAGACACAUUUUAAACUCAAAUAGGUCUGGGACUUAAAAAACAUUGAGUACAUCUUUAACAGUGUUUAAAAUGACUCGUUUGUUGCACAUAUCCUUCGCAAAAGAAAAAUGCUGAGAAAAUAACGUGUUUAAUAAAUGACGGAGCUGUGUAGGAGAUACAUUUUAAGGAGCUAAAAGAGUACUGAGUGAAUCUUUAACAGUGUUUAAAACCACUCAUUUGUGUUGCAUUUUGACAUAUUUUAGUAACCAUAAAGGACAAGGCGUAAUGAAAAUAGUAUUUUCGUACAAAGUUUUUUUCGAUAACAUUUGUUUCACAUAUUUGUGAAGAUGCUUGUAAACAUAAUUUUAGCUCGCAUAUGUGCACGAUCCUUCGCAGUAAAGCACUAUUUAAGUUAAUUUUAGCUCGAUAAAAUUAACUUAUUCCUUGACGGUGCAAAGAGACGUCUUCAGUGUUCGUUGCAACUUAACGCAACUUUUGUUAGAUCCAUUCUGUAACUGGCGCCUAAGGGAAGUGUGCUGUUACCGCCGCAGAAGUGUACUUUCUAGCUUUAAACGGAUUGGACAUUUACGUUGAUAUUAUAUGAAGUACUACGUAAGAAGCUUUGUAACCCGGAUGAAAGAACAUGGUGUUUUUUUGGUCGUUAGAAAUAUUGGCUUUGUAAAACUGGCAGAACUUUUGGAAUAAAUUAUGGUCAAAAAACACAAAUGAUGUUGAGCUGAAG